UUUCCUUUUGUUUAGCGGGUUUUUACGUGGAAUGAGCAUUCCAUGUGUCCUCCUCGGCAUGAAUGAAGUGGGCUGGCAGGAGACGCGGAGCGGCAUGCUACACGCUAACGGCGCGCAGGAGGCCGCAGGAGUCAGGGUGCCCGGGGCCGCCGGCGGGGGCGGGCCGGGCCCCGGGGGGCCCCCGCCUUCCCAGGCCCUGGACGGGGGCCCCAUCCCCCACGCCCUGACCCCGGCGUCGGUCGCGGGCGUCCCGGGGCCCCAGCCCCCGCUCAGCGGGCGGUCCCAGGACGACGCCACGGUGGGCUACUUCUUCCAGAGGCAGCCGGGCGAGCAGCUCAGCGGCUACACCAGCAAGCAUCGGUGGCCCACGGGGGACAGCAUCCACGUCGACCAGGUCCGGUCCAUAGACGAUAUGAACCACGACUUCCAGGCCCUGGCCCUGGAGUCUCGAGGAAUGGGCGAGCUGCUGCCCGCCAAGAAGUUCUGGGAGUCGGACGAGUCGGCCAAGGACGGACAGAAGGGCAUCUUUUUGGGCGAGGAGUGGCGGGAGAACGCCUGGGGAGCGUCCCAUCACUCCGUGUCUCAGCCGAUCAUGGUGCAGCGGCGGCCGGGGCAGGGUUUCCACGGCAACAGCGAGGUGAACUCGGUGCUGUCGCCCCGCUCGGAGAGCGGCGGUCUGGGCGUGAGCAUGGUGGAGUACGUCCUCAGCUCCUCCCCCGGGGACAAGCUGGACGGCCGCUACAGGAAGGGAGGCUACGGCGGGGGGGACACGGAGCCGGACGGGACGGAGAAGGGGGACCCGAAGGACAAGCCGUGCCCCUACGAGGAGGACAGCAGCCGGGAGCUGGCCCCGGGAGAGGCGGACGACGUCUCCAAACCCAACGGGCGCGGCCUGCCCAACGGCAUGGACGGGGACUGCAAGGACUUCAACCGCACCCCCGGCAGCCGUCAGGCGUCCCCCACGGAGGUGGCGGAACGGAUGGGACCGCCCCAGCCCGGCCCGGAGAUGAUGGGCCAGCACCAGCACCAGCACCAGCACCAGCACCCCGGCCAGGCCAUGAGCAAACCACCCGCCGAGGAGUUCCAGAACCAGGAGGCGCCCAACAUGGACGGCAUGGAGCAGGUCGGGCUGGAGUCGCUCCAGUUCGACUACGCCGGAAACCAGGUGCAGCUGGACUCCUCCGGCGCCGCGGUCGGCCUGUUCGACUACAACUCCCAGCAGCAGCUGUUCCAGAGGCAGAACCACCUGCAGGUGCAGUCUCUGACCGCUGCGCAGCAACAGUACGCCCUGGCGGCUGCCCAGCAACAGCACAUAGCGGGUGUGUUUUCAGCAGGGCUCCCUCCCGGCGCCUUCAUGCCAAACCCCUACAUCAUAAGCACCGCCCCCCCCGGCACGGACCCCUACACUGCCGCCGGGCUGGCGGCCGCCGCCACCCUCGCAGGUCCCACCGUGGUACCCCCCCAGUACUACGGAGUCCCCUGGGGGGUGUACCCCGCUAACCUCUUCCAGCAGCAGGCGGCGGCCGCAGCCGCCAACAACUCGGCCAAUCAGCAAGCAGCCAACCAGGGGCAGGGCCAGCAGCAGGUAAUGCGUGGGGGGAACAACCAGCGCCCCCUCACCCCAGGGCAGGGUCAGCAGAACCAGCAGGACUCCCUGGCGGCCGCGGCGGCAGCCAAUCCCGCGCUGGCGUUCGGUCAGGGCCUGGCUACAGGCAUGCAAGGCUAUCAGGUUCUGGCCCCGGCCGCCUACUAUGACCAGACGGGUACGUUGGUGAUGGGCCCCGGGGCCCGUACCGGUCUGGGGGGGCCCAUGAGACUGGUGCAGACUCCUGUGCUGAUCAACCCAGCCGCCGCGCAGGCAGCAGCUGCAGCCUCUGCAUCAGGUUCCGGGAACAACAUGGGGGGCGCGGCCAACGGUCUCUUCCGUCAAAUCAGCUCCCAGCAGCCUCCCCCCCAGCAGCAGCAGCAGCAGCAGCAGCAACAACAGCAGCAGCAACAACAGCAGCAGCAGCAGCAGCCCCACCCCAGCAACAGCAUGCAGUCCAGCUCCUUCUACGCCUCCAACUCCCAGAGCAGCUCGCUCUUCUCCCACGGCCCCGCCCCCCAGCCCGCCAACUCCUCCCUGGGCUUCGGCAGCACCGGGUCCCUGGGGGCCGCCAUCGGCUCCGCCCUCGGGGGCUUCGGCUCCUCAGCAGGUAGCUCGGGCAGUAACAGCGCCCCCCGGAGGGACUCUCUGUCGGCGAGCUCUGACCUGUACAAGCGCAGCGGGAACAGCCUGGCUCCCAUUGGCCAGCCCUUCUACAACAGCCUCAGCUUCUCCUCCACGCCCAGCCCAAUCGGCAUGCCCCACCCCAGCCCGACCCCGCCCCCCUCGCUGUCAUCGCACGGCUCCUCCUCCAGCCUGCACCUGGGCGGCCUGACCAACGGCAGCGGGCGCUACAUCUCGGCGGCGCCGGGCGCGGAGGCCAAGUACCGGAGCGCGGGCGGCGGCUCCAGCCUGUUCAGCUCCAGCAGCAGCCAGCUGUUCCCGCCGUCGCGCCUGCGCUACAGCCGCUCCGACAUCAUGCCCUCCGGCCGCAGCCGCCUGCUGGAGGACUUCCGCAACAACCGCUUCCCCAACCUGCAGCUGCGCGACCUGCUGGGCCACAUCGUGGAGUUCUCCCAGGACCAGCACGGCUCCAGGUUCAUCCAGCAGAAGCUGGAGCGGGCCACGCCCGCCGAGCGGCAGAUGGUGUUCAGCGAGAUCCUGCAGGCCGCCUACCAGCUCAUGACCGACGUGUUCGGAAACUACGUCAUCCAGAAGUUCUUUGAGUUCGGCAGUAUGGAUCAGAAGCUGGCCCUGGCCACGCGUAUCCGGGGCCACGUGCUGCCCCUGGCCCUGCAGAUGUACGGCUGCCGCGUGAUCCAGAAGGCGCUGGAGUCCAUCUCCUCCGACCAGCAGAGUGACAUGGUGAGGGAGCUGGACGGCCAUGUUCUGAAGUGUGUGAAGGACCAGAAUGGGAACCACGUGGUGCAGAAGUGCAUCGAGUGUGUUCAGCCACAGGCCCUGCAGUUCAUCAUCGACGCCUUCAAGGGCCAGGUGUUUGUGCUGUCCACCCACCCGUACGGCUGCAGGGUGAUCCAGCGCAUUCUGGAGCACUGCACCCAGGAGCAGACCCUGCCCAUCCUGGAGGAGCUGCACCAGCACACCGAGCAGCUCGUGCAGAAAUAUCAAGGAGUUUCAUUGGAGAUGACAUCCAAAACAUUUUAUACAGUGUCAAGCGACGCGCUCUUCAAGGAUCAGUACGGUAACUACGUGAUCCAGCACGUUCUGGAGCACGGCCGCUCGGAGGACAAGAGCAAGAUCGUGGCCGAGAUCCGGGGGAAGGUCCUGGCCUUGAGCCAGCACAAGUUCGCCAGCAACGUGGUGGAGAAGUGCGUGACGCACUCGUCCCGCGCGGAGCGCGCCCUCCUGAUCGACGAGGUGUGCUGCCAGAACGACGGGCCCCACAGCGCCCUCUACACCAUGAUGAAGGACCAGUACGCCAACUACGUGGUGCAGAAGAUGAUCGACAUGGCCGAGCCCGCCCAGCGCAAGAUCAUCAUGCACAAGAUCCGGCCCCACAUCGCCACCUUGCGGAAGUACACCUACGGGAAGCACAUCCUGGCCAAGCUGGAGAAGUACUACAUGAAGAACAGCUCGGACCUGGGGCCCAUCGGGGGCCCGACCAACGGCCUGAUGUAGGAGACGCACCGCCCCUCCCUCCCAAACGACCCCCCGCCCCCCUUUACCCCAACGGCGGGACACCCUCCUCAAAGGGAAUUACCAAAAAAAAAAAAAAAAAAAAAUCUACUUAACCUAAGAGUAACGCUGUGAUCAUGACCCCUGACCCCAUACUGAAGACCCCCCCCCGCCCCCCGCCCCCCCCCCCCCACCUCACCAGUGCCCCCUUGUGGAGCCGUUCCAUCACCAAGCUGGGCCAAGCACAGAACGCAUGUACAUGAUGUUAAUUGUAUCAAAAACUGGUUGUCAUAUAUUUUGUAAAUUUUUACCUUGUAAAUUCACUGUGUAAAAAAGAAAAAACGAAACAAACAAAAAUCAGUAGUUUUUAAAAGGAAAAAAAAAAGUUUACUGUUCUUACAGCUGCACCAGCAUGUGAGUUGAUGAUGAUGAUGAUGAUGAUGAUUCUGGCAACUCAGCACAACCGAGCAAUCCCUCACGUUGUUGUGUUUUUUCGUUUUCCCUUUGGGGGGGUUUCCGUGCUCCUGUACCAGAGGGAGCUCCGUUUCGCGGCCGUGCGGAGGGGGUAAAGUCAGGUACGGGGUCCCGCGGGCACGCGGCCCGUCCCGCGAUGGCGCUCUGCUCGCCCGUACAGCGGGACCGGACACGCCCCCACGCGCGUGACCAAUGAGCUUCAGUUACGGCCCUGACCCCAAUAGCCCGCGUGGGAUGAGAUCGGGAGCGCGUGAUUGGUCGAAAUAAGGCUCCAGCGUGCGUCUCCCCUGUGGAGCGUGCAGUUUUGGCACAUUAGACCCACACGUGCCUGCACCUGACUUUCCCUCUCCGUACAGCUCUUUAAACGGGCCCCAGAUACACUCAGACACAGCAUGUUGGUUUCAGUUGUAUUUUGGUAGAUUUAAUGUCACUUUUUUUAUUCUUUUUUUCAUCACAAAAGGGCAAAAAAAAAUAAUACUUUUUUUUUGUGUUGUGUUCCGUGACACUAUGUCAACAAGAGCAAUGAUGAUUUUAAACCUUCAUCUCCAGUUUGUGAAAAGUCCCGCAAUUCUUUUGAGAUGAACACUGCCCUAUAUAUAAAUAUAAAUUAUAAAUAUAUAUAUAUAUAAUUUUUUUUUUUUUUUUUAAAGGAAACCGUUCUGUGGUGUAUAGCAGCUUUGUACAUAAAUAUUUGUUUGGUUUUGGCAGAAGGUGGGCUAGACAAGGGCGGUCCUUGGAGUAGAGGGCGGGGCUUUUUAAAAAAAAAAGGGGGCGUUUCUUGGAUUAGGGGGCGGGCAGUUUCGCCGCCACAACACAAUUGGGAACCGUCACAGCUGACGGGGUGGGGGGGGGAGAGGGUUAUUUUUGCGUCGUUUUUUCGCUUUGGUAUAUUUGCGGCGUAUGUGUCGGUGGAGCGGAGGUUACUCCGGGUGCUCCACCCGACACCUCUUUUCUAAAGCUUGCAUGAUUAUACAAAUAGCCAUCGUUUUUUUUUUUUUUGCUUCAUAUAAAUAUGUAGUGUACGUGUAGUUAUUACAUUAGAUGUAAGUUUACAGUUUAUUAUUUUAUUUUUUGGGGGAAAAGAAGAAUCUUCGUUUCGUUGUUUAUUUUGAGCCUUGUUAACUUUUGGUAGUGACGCUGACAUGGUCUGUACAGUUGUACAUUUGUAAACCUUAAUGCUGUAAAUGUAAUGUCUUUUACCCUUUUGAGGAAAAAAAAAAAAGCAAAAAUUUGAAUUUUAGUGUAUAUGCAUCACCCCCACCCCUACCCCCUCACACUGCCCACUUGCAUAUAGGGUAUACUUGUAUAUUUCUUUGAAUCAAGAGUGAUUUUUAAAAAUCUUUAUAUGGCUUCACUAUCUGAAAUGGCAUUCUUUUUAUCCUUUGUUUGAAACAAGUAGCCUUUUGUUUAUACUUCUGUCUGUUAAAUAUUCUGUUAAUAUUGACCUUUUUCGAGAAACUUUACAGUCGGUGCCGUUCAGUACACUGCAUGGAAGGGGGGUCCGGUCGGUUACCGGCAAACGUUUCCACGCGACACCAGAAGACCUUCCGUUUUGUACUGAAGAGCGCUGUAUUUUGGAACAUCUACUAACUUGUAAGUGAAAGAUUGUAAGAUAUUGUCAAUUAUACAUCUGAACAUAUGAGGUUGUUACACUAUAAAAAGUGAUGUACAUUUUACCGGAGGCCUUAUGUACAUUUCCAGAAGUAAAAAAUUAAGAGUAAAAAAAAUCUUUCUUUUUCUUUUUUUUUUUUUGCUGGCAGAAUUGUGACAAAUAUGUACAAUUAAAACAAUUCUUUGUAACUUUUGACUCUGAAUAUAUUUUGAAGAAAGAAAAAAAAACUGGUUUGUAUAUUCAGCUUUGAACAAUUGAAGACAGUUUGCUUUGUAUUCCUUCCUGAAGGCCAGGCUCCUUUCGUUUUUUUGUGUAGAUGAGUUUUCUCAGGAGUUCAGUUUGGCUUUUCGUUUAUUGGUGAACCUCUUUAAGGGAAAGAGUCCUGAUGUUCCUCACGUAGCAGACGCAAUUGAGGAUGACUAUGAUGAUGAUGAUGACGUUGAUGAUGAUGAUGAUGAAGAUGUUUUAGUUUGGCUGCGUCUGCAAAGGCCGCUGGGAUAUACCCGUGGUGUGGGUUUGUCCUCCAGCCUUAGCCAUAGCUCCUGUGAAAGUGUCCUGUUGUUGUCCAGGUCGCCAUUCCGUCUCCUCCAGAAACUGCCGCCCGCCCGCUUUGCCCCACGCACAUCAUUGGCUCCAGGGUUGCAGCGGCAGUUUCCCUGGCAACCUUUUUUCGUUUUUUUUUUUUUUGGGUGGUGCAUACCAGAGAGGUCUUGCCUCCGUGCUUUUUUUUUGUUUUGUUUUUGGGGUUUUCUUUUUCUGUUGUUGUCGUUGCAUUUUCUAACAGGCUAAGGGAGCCCCAGUUGACUCCCGUCUGUAAGUCAGGUUGUUCACGGACCAGCUGAACUCAUUUCUGUUUGAUCAAGUCUGUCGCCCGGGUUCCUCUGGCUUUCCUACCGGGGAUUGUUGUUAUUCAAGAAUUUGUAAAUGCUGUAUAAACAAUACAAAAAAAGUGAAUAACACACGUGAA